UCUUCGUUCCGUCGUCGACCCUAUCUAUGUUUCUACGAUGGCCCAAGAACACGCUCAUUCUUCAGCCGUAGAGAGACUUUUGAAUUGCGAGGUACCAUUACGAGCUCAAUAUAUACGAGUGUUAUUCCGUGAAAUAACUCGAAUUUCAAAUCAUUCACUUGCUUUAACUACUCAUGCUAUGGAUGUGGGAGCAUCAACUCCGUUCCUGUGGGCUUUUGAGGAGCGGGAGAAAUUGUUGGAAUUCUAUGAAAGAGUCUCGGGAGCCAGGAUGCAUGCCAGUUUCAUACGACCAGGUGGAGUGGCACAAGAUCUGCCUCUUGGCUUAUGUCGAGAUAUUGAUUCCUUCACACAACAAUUUGCUUCUCGUAUCGACGAAUUAGAAGAGAUGUCAACCGGCAACCGUAUCUGGAAACAACGAUUAGUGGAUAUUGGUACUGUCACUGCACAGCAAGCAAAGGAUUGGGGAUUCAGUGGUGUAAUGUUAAGAGGUCGUGCGACAUGAAGACAUUGAUAGCAAUAUGGGGGGAGUUCCCAUCAGGCAACAACGGUUCUGCCUGACCCUACUUAAGCAUGCAUAUUCUGUCAGCGAAGACUUGGUGUGAAGCCUUGGAGCUUACGUUAGAAGAGCAAAAGGCCCGGGGCUAGGGUGAGCUGAGGGGGGACAGCGUAAGUGAGCGAAUGUGUGUAAGCCCAGUCAAACAUGACUGUUCUAGGCGGGGCGGGCCACCCACCUUCGAAUGGUGUUGGUCCUACGGACCGUGAACGGAUUCGCCUCUGGCCUCUGGGCACGUCGGAACCGCAUGAGUUCACCGGGGUGGAGCACAGUCCGCAAAAAUCGGCAUAGGUUAGGUGCUAUUGAUGGAACAUGGUAAGCCUAUCUUUCUCCAUAUGGAAGUGCUGCGGGCACAUAGAGAUGUGGGAAGAGGAAGUCUCAAAAAGCGAAGGCCGAGCUGUAGGUCACGUGACCUGCACCGAGUUGGUGGCUGACUGGGCUUUUUCCUUGAUCAAAGCAGAUCAGCUCGCCGCCUUCUUGUUAUCAAAAAGCAGUCCAAUCCUGCGAAUCGGGCGGGCGGAACGUCGAAUGAAAUAGGUGGCCGGGUUCUCUUUUUACAACCCUUUUGAUAUGAUAGGCCCGGCCACCUUCCCCUAUCCCUUAUGUUUAGGAGCGGGAUCCGCCCAAGAACGACCACUCCUGUGGUGGUACGGACUCCGCGAACGUCCCGCGCCCCCUUUACUAAUAAAGGAAAGAAAGCCUCAACCAGAACAAAAUUCCUUUUGCGUGCGGAUGUAGCUAAGUGUCUGACUCUAUUGGUCAUAGUUCCCUGCAGUUGUGACCAGUGCUCGUUUGCGCGCGCGUGAACCAACCCAACAAACAAGGAAAGGAUGCCCCGAUAGGCAUCUGAGAAUGAUUCGAGCCGUAUGAAGGGAAACUAUCACGUACAGUUUUUGUUUUUUUUUGGGGGGGGAGGAGCCCGUCUGAAUACAGGGUCCCCCACUGACUUGGCCCAGGCCUAAGUGAAAGUGAAGUGGUGGGCCUACCCAUCCCAACCAGGGGUAUGCUGGGAUUCGCGAAGAGCAGCACCUUACGAUGUUCAUGACCAAUCGGAUCCUGACGUACCAGUAGGUACCAGAGGAGAUCGCUAUGAUCGUUACUGUAUCCGUAUUGAAGAGAUGCGACAAAGUCUGCGGAUCAUUGUGCAAUGUCCUAAUCAAAUGCCCAGUGGCAUGAUCAAAGCCGAUGAUCGUAAGUUAUGUCCUCCAUCACGAUGCCGAAUGAAACUAUCCAUGGAAUCGUGCGCCGUGUGAAACGUAGAUCAUCGCCGUUCUUAACCGAGACUCAGGUUAAGCUCCGUCUCGGAACCUUGUGGGGUUAGGAGUAAAGCAUCCCGAGGUUGGCGCAUCUCGUUGGGCGUGGAGAAGCAUUGGGAACCCCAAUUUCUUUCUUCGGAGCCGUUUCUUUUCCCGUCCCCCCGCCCCGGCAUAGCGCUUCGCUUCCGGUUCUUCGGAAGAAUCUACUGACUUCUCCCUUCUUCAUUGAUCUGGGGGAAAAGGAACCGUCUACCAGUUGGCAAGCUAGACAUCAAGUAAGUGGCUUGAUGAGGAUAACUAAGCUGACACGCCGGAGUUGGCUGCUGGCACAACAGGGUGGUGCCUUACCGCACCGCAGGCGAACGCGCGGUAGCGUUCGUGGUGGUGCUUCAGGAUUCCAAUGUACUGCGUCCAAGAUCAGAACGAGCUUGCCGGCGGACCACUGCCGUCCCAUUCUUGAGUGAGCUGGAGCACAGCCAUCUUAUCCACUGAACUAGCUAGAAGCUAUCGCUUCGGGUCGAAGCACUAAAAGAAAGGGACCGGGAAACGCGGCGGCAUAGGAACCACGGGACCCCCACUAGUAAAAAAAAGGGAAAACGGAAGUGCGCUAACGCGCACCAGCUGGCCCUUUCCCCUUACU